AUGCUCGACGCAAAAGAAGUCGCGAAACACAACAACAAAGAAAGCUGCUGGGUGAUCAUCUCCGGAAACGCCUAUGAUGUCACCGACUUCCUUCCGGAUCACCCGGGUGGUGCAAACAUAAUCCUACGCUACGCCGGACGAGACGCGACGGAGGAAUACGACCCGAUUCACCCCCCUGGGACGAUUGAGGAGUCGUUACCGAAGGAGAAGCACCUUGGGCCUGUUGAUCCGGAGACGAUCGUGGCGGUUGUGAAGCCCCCGAGUAGGGCGGAACAGACAGCGAAGGAGAAAGCUGAGAGGCAGAGAAAACCGUUGAGUCAAUGUAUUAAUCUUCAUGAUUUUGAGGAGAUCGCCAGUCAGUUCUUGAGUACGAAGGCGUGGGCGUACUAUUCGUCGUCGGCGGAGGAUACGUUCACGCAUACCCUCAACCAACAGUCAUUUUCCAAGAUCCUGUUCCGGCCUCGUGUUAUGCGGAAUGUCGAACAUGUCUCGCUUAGUACCAGGUUCCUCGGUAGCGAGACUGCGCUGCCAUUCUUUGUCGCACCGGCAGCUAUGGCACGUCUCGGCCAUCCAGACGGCGAACUCUGCAUCACCCGCGGCUGUGGCCGAACUGGUCUCAUUCAGGGAGUAUCAGCGAACGCGUCUGUUGCCUUCGACACGAUCGCGAACUCGAAAAUCACACCCGACCAGACAUUGUGGUACCAACUCUACGUCAACCGCGAUGUCUCCAAAUCGAAAACCUUGCUUAAGAGCGUUGCGGCGGCGGGGUAUAAGGCGAUCUUACUCACCGUCGAUACCGCUAUCCCGGGAAAACGCGAAGCGGACGAACGCGCCAAGGUGGCUGUCGAGAUGGACGAUGACGUCCAACUCACCACCGGAUUCCAACAAGGUCCUGAUCAACCUCAAGGACAAGGCGCCGCUGAUCUCCCACAAGGCGCUCCAUCCAACACCUCCGCCAAGCCGAAACCACAGCUGAGUGUCGCGGCGGCCAUAUCGACAUAUCAGUCUCCGAACGUGUCUUGGGCGGAUCUGGAAUGGAUCCGAGAGUCGACGGCCAAUUUACCGAUUAUGCUGAAGGGCGUGCAGACUGUCGAGGAUGCUGUGUUGGCUGUGGAGUAUGGUAUCCGGGGGAUUAUUUUGUCGAAUCAUGGGGGGAGACAGCUGGAUUAUGCGCCGACGGGUUUACACACGUUACUUGAGAUCCGGAAGCAUGCGCCGUGGGUGCUGGAGAAGAUUGAAGUUUACCUCGAUGGUGGUGUUCGUCGCGGUACGGAUAUUAUCAAAGCUCUGUGUCUUGGCGCUCGUGGAGUCGCGCUCGGACGGCCGUUCCUGUAUGCCCUCUCGGCGUGGGGAACGGACGGUGUACUUAGAGCUAUCGAGAUCCUGACGGAAGAGAUGAAUAUCGCGAUGAGGUUGAUUGGGGUUACGAAGUUGAGUGAGUUGGGGCCACAUCUGGUUAAUACGAAGAUGUUGGAUCAAGCGAUUGUGGAUGAUGUUGUAUUGCCGAAUAUGGAGGGGAUCAAGAGGUGGACGUCGAAGUUGUAA